UAAGGCACAUUUGUAGCUCAUUACACAUCUGCAGAAGGGAUGUUUCCUGAGCUUAUAAGAGAGCCUAUAAGGUCCUGAAUGAACAGUUAGAUCUGGAGGUCAAGGAAAGGGUGAAUAAACCUGGGUGAAGAUUUGUCCGAAUAGCAUUUUGAUAAUAAAAUGGAUAUCAAGCCAGUAUUAAAGAGUUUUGGCUCUCUGAUCCGAGCCAUUCUUACAUUUCUUUUUGCUCUCCUGGUCCUUGGGGUGAUGUUAUGGGCGUACAUUUAUGGUUUCCAGAUAGCUACAUCUCCAUUUAACAUCAUCUCAUUGGGUUUCUAUGGAGUGCUGCUAAGCUUCCACGUCCUAAUUCAGAGCCUUUUUGCCUUUGUGGAGCAUCGGCGCAUGCAUGCAAGACGCAAACCUUGCUCCUACACAAAAUCCAUUGGCUUCACAAUAUCAGCCUAUCAGGAGGACCCCGCUUAUCUCCGAGAGUGCCUUCUGUCAGUACGGGCUCUGCAGUAUCCAUCUGAGCUGCUACGCAUUGUCAUGGUGGUGGACGGAAACUCAGAAGAUGACCGCUACAUGAUGGAGAUGUUUCGUGAGGUCUUUGCAGACCAGGAUCCUGGCUGUUAUAUAUGGCAAAACAACUACCACUCUUGGAACCCCACUGGCCAAGAAAAAGAUGCAGCUGAAGCUGAUGGUCUAGAAGGAAAUGAUGGGGUGAUGUUUGAAGACCCUCAGCGUUUAGAGGUUGAAGAACUCAUUAGGACCAAGAAGUGUGUGUGCAUCAUGCAAAAAUGGGGAGGAAAGAGGGAAGUGAUGUAUACAGCAUUCAAGGCACUAGGAUCCUCUGUGGAUUAUAUACAGGUAUGCGAUUCAGAUACAAAAUUAGACCCCUUGGCAACAGUAGAGCUCUGCAAGGUGCUGGAGAGUAACCAGAAAUACGGUGCCGUGGGAGGCGAUGUAAUGAUCCUUAAUCUGAAAGAUUCCUAUAUCAGCUUCAUGAGCAGCCUGCGCUACUGGAUGGCGUUUAACAUUGAGAGGUCCUGCCAGUCCUUCUUUGACUGUGUCUCCUGUAUCAGCGGCCCCUUAGGUCUUUAUAGGAAUGACCUUCUGCAGCAGUUUCUGGAAUCCUGGUACAACCAGAAGUUUCUCGGCACCCACUGUACUUUUGGGGAUGACCGGCAUCUCACCAAUCGAAUGCUAAGCAUGGGCUAUGCUACAAAGUACACUGCCCGUUCUAAGUGCUACACAGAGACUCCUGCACAGUUUCUGCGCUGGCUCAAUCAGCAGACGCGUUGGACCAAAUCCUACUUUCGUGAAUGGCUCUAUAAUGCCAUGUGGUGGCACAAGCAUAACCUGUGGAUGACCUACGAAUCCAUUGUCUCAGGCAUCUUUCCUUUUUUUGUUACUGCCACCAUUAUCAAGCUCUUCUGGACAGGCACUCUGUGGGACAUUUUGUGGGUUUUGUGCUGCAUCCAGUUGAUUGGUCUGGUAAAGGCAGCUUAUGCCUGCAUCCUACGACAAAAUGCAGUGAUGCUCUUCAUGUCCUUAUACUCUGCCCUCUACAUGACCAGCCUCCUGCCUGCCAAAUACUUUGCCAUUAUCACCAUGAACAAAAGCAGCUGGGGGACAUCGGGCCGUCGUAAGAUGGUGGGGAACUAUAUUCCCCUGGUACCACUUUCAGUGUGGGCAGCUAUCUUGUUGGGAGGCCUGGGGUACACAAUCUACAGGGAAUACAAUGAGAAAUGGACAACAGAUGGAAAAAAAGAAGAGAUCAAGUUUUUGAUAUUUGGAUCUGCAGCUUAUGUCUGCUACUGGCUUGUAAUGAUCUGCCUCUAUUGGAUGUGGUUUCGGAGAUUACUCCGAAAACGCUCACAGAGUUACACUGUGAAUGUAUAAGACAAUUAAUUGCACACAUUUUUUAUUUAUUUAAGAAAACUUGCACUUUUUCAUGUUUUUCCAUGCAAUUUUAUUUAUAGAUUGUUUUUAAACUUGCAAUUUUAUUUAUGAUUUUUUUUAUAAAUUUUAGUGUGGUACAUUUUUAUGCAAUUUAUGUUGUCCAUUAAUACCAUGAAUUUAGAGUUCAGAAAUGAUGUGGAAACUACCUGUCUUUAUGAAAUACAAUGAUUAUAUUAAAUGUGCAGAAAUCAACCAUAUACAGUCAACAAGGAUGCUGUGGGGUUUUAAAUUAAACAAAUAUAACAGUGAACCAAAUUUUACAGUUAUGUUAUUUUUAGUGAAGAAAUUCUAACAUUACAUCUAACAUCACUUUACAUCAUUGAGCUUACUGAAGUGAUAUUGAUUUAUGGUUGAGAUAACUGAGGACAAACUAAGACCUCCUGUUACAACACUUAUAUACAUAUUAUUUAAAGAAUGCAGAUAAAGAGAUACAUACCCGACACAGUGAACAGCACUGACCAUGUGCUGCUGAUGAUAUUUUAGCAUAUGUUGAAUGACUACUAACACAAAUAUGACAGAAAUAUUUCAUGAGAAGCAAUUGUGAUGUGUGCUGAUUUACAAUGCUUGUAAUUCUUUCUGAUGUAAUGUGACAGGGCAUUUUGUUGUCUUUUAGCUCUUGAACAGAGCAUGUUGAGUCAGUAUAUUUAUUGGCAGCAUUAUUUUGUAAAUGUGAACUGUUAUGUAAACAACACAAGAGAAUAAAUAAAUUAUUUUUUAAUGGAA